AGGACUUUACAAGUGCAAGUGAAGGAAGAUCUGUAUGAGGACGUCAUGAUGGAGAACCGGCCGCCCCUCGCAUCAUCGGAUGGAUCCAGUAAUGGGAACCCACCAGAGAGAUGUCCCCGUCCUCUCUAUUCCCGGGACUCCACACAAGACCAUCAGGAGAUCCCUCAGGAACAUCAGGAGAUCCCUCAGGAGGAUCAGGAGAUCCCUCAGGAUGAUCAGGUAGAUAGAACUAAAAGUUGAACAGUAAUAAAUGAAGAACAUGAGACAAAUGUGAGGGGUGAUGAUCCAUGUAAGGAGGAGGAGAUGCCUCCAGAGAUCAGCCCAGGUGAGGAAUAAACACUAAAUCCAGAGAAGAGUCCCAGAUCCUCCUUGUUCAGUCACUACA